AUGGAAUAUCUUAUUGUAAAUCUUAACGGAUUAAUAAGAAUUAAAGUUUAUAAUUUUAAAAAAGGUUGUGAUUGUUUAGGUAUUGAAUUUAAAGAAGCAAAUUAUAAUAUUUUACCAAAUGAUCCUUAUUUUGCAGGAUUAAUUGAUACUGACGGUUCUAUCGUAUUUAAUUACUCUGGAAACCGUAUUGAAUGUAAUUUAGAAUUUAAACUUAAUGAAUAUACAUCUAAACUAAACUUAGACAAUGUUAUACCUCACUAUAAACCUGCAAUAUCUAUAAGAAAUAAACAAAAUUAUAAAUCAAUUUCCUUUAAAUUUCAAACUGUUAACGGUAUGGUCUUUUUAUAUCAAUAUUUUAUGAUAAAUAGACUAUUUUCUGAUAUGAAAUUCUACAGAAUUUCACAAAUAUUAAGAUUUAUCGAAAUUCGUAAAUAUAAUAAAUAUCCUUUUAACAGUGAAGAAUUCUUAAUUUACUCUGAAUUCUUAUUAAACUGA